UUCUCAUUCAGCUUCACACCCCCCCCCGCCCCGACCCGAAGCUUUCUCAGUUUUAGCUUUUGCCCAGAAAAAAGCUCAUCAAUCGAACUCUUUCGUUUCUGAAAGAGAUGAAGAAAACCAACCUGUUUGUUUCAAUCCUUCUCUUCUUAUCCUUCAGCGUACUCCAAGUCUCCUCCCUUACGCAGACAAACCAGGAUUUUGAAAAAUCUGAAUCUUCAAGAACUCUUGAACAAGGGCAAGAGCAUGCUCAUGAAGUGCACUGUUCCAGAGAAAGAAGCAGGGCAGCUUGGCAAAUUAUUGAGAAGUAUUUGAUGCCAUUUGUGGAACAUGAGCACUAUGAGAUUCCAAGUAACUGUCGACUUCAUCCCGACAAUGAUCUAUUUAGAGAUCAGGAAGAGCACAAGAUUCAUUUGGAUAUAAACGAAUGGCAGUGCGGAUACUGUAAGAAAAGCUUCCGUGCUGAAAUGUUUCUUGAUCAACAUUUUGACAACAGACACUACAAUCUUCUGAAUGUAAGUGGCAGCAAGUGCUUAGCUGAUUUAUGCGGAGCUUUGCAUUGCGAUGCUGUGAUGAAUACCAAGUUGAGCAAAACCAAAUGCAAUCCUGCAUCUGUUGCACGGAAUCACCACCUAUGUGAGGGUCUUGCCAAUAGCUGUUUUCCGAUUAAUCAAAGUCCUUCAGCCCGCCGUCUUAAUGAGUUUUUCUUGCACCAAUUUUGUCAUGCUCAUACUUGCUCGGGGAAACGGAAGCUUUUUCCUAGAGGAGGAAAGAAACAUAUAAGUGUAUUCUACCUGGCUAUCUCCAUACUGACUUUGAUGCUGCUCCCUAUUUUCUAUCUGAUAGUGUAUUUGCACCAAAGAGAGAUGAGGAAAGGAACCCAAGAGCUUAGGCGCAUUUCAAAAGUUGGGCAGAAAACAAAACCCUCGUAGUCGCUGGGAGUUGGAGUCGUUGAAAUGACCAUCUAGGAUUUCAGGCGCAAACUUGCCGUUCAACAUAUUUUCUUGUAGAUCUGCAUGCUAUACGUCACACAGAGGAGUAUGUUGCACACGAAUGAUGCAAGAAAGCCAAAUUCUUGAUCAUCGUCUUCAAAGUUGCUCCAGACAUGACGUAUCAUUCCCUUAAUAAAGGCACUGGUGGAUGACGAAAGUAGAACUAGUUGCUAACAAUCUAUUUCUUCCAUACACCUGUAAUUCAACGGCUAUAGUUUGUUGUCGUUCAUCGUCUGGGGAACAUUGAUUUUCUUACAUUUGAAGAUUUUUCUUAAGUUAUAAGAGAACAGGUACUUUGUUACAA